AUGGUUGACGAAGCGGAGGGAGGCGCAUGGGGACGAGGAGGAGGGAGAAACGUGAUUGCCAACAUCAGCCCGUAUACUGAUAGCAAGGCCCCGCAAGGAUCUGCUCAUAUGCAGCAAGGUGAAGGCAGGAGGUUGGAUGAGAGCGUGGGGAUCACGGUAGACGAGAUUGCGAGCAACUUCAGUGUCGGGCGCAAGAUUAGCAGCGAGAUGAAGAGCAACCUGUCGCGCCUCAUCUUCAGAGUAGAGAAGCUCAAGGUUGACAGGGCGAUGUCGAAGGAUCGAGAAGACGUCCUCAGGAAAACAAAGGAAAUCAACGAUAUCCAAGCCAUCAUACAACAUUUCCACGAAAUCUCUUCUUCCAAGCACAAGAUCGAGGAAGGGGAGAACAUUUCAAGAAGAAACAGGGAUGCUGUGAAUUCGAAUGAUAUCUGGUGCAAGACCUCUCUGCAUUUCGCCGAAUAUCAUCCCAUACUUCAAAAAUGUGGAACCCAAACCAUAUUCGUUGGUGCUGUUGCAGUACUUUGUUUCAUUCCGAUUACCCCCGAGAGCGGCAACUUGAUGCUGUUCAUCUUCCCACGAGCCGUCCUGUGCUCACUUUGGUUGAUCGCCGUCCUCCCUCAGACUUCUCGCUGCUGUCGUGCUUGGCAAGAUUCGCUCAACUUCAUCCUGCUGCUAUCCACUAUCCUGGUGACUCAGAUGAUAGACAGACCUAUCAUAGACAAGUCUCGGGACAAAGAUGAUUUCUGGAGCUCAGCAACAUUUCAUAUCGUGCAGGCUCCGCUCUUACCUCUCAUGGGAAGAUGCUACUUGCGGUUUGGUACGCUGCGCACAAUGUCCUCAGUCUUGCUCUCCUGGAUAUGCGUGACAGUCAACCUGUCCUUGGGAUGCGCAGUGAUAGAGACUGGAUGUGACGAUCUUGACGUCCCCCGGUAUAUCGUGUCAUCGAUAGCCAUCUCGGGGCUUCUGUCGAUUAUGUCUCUUUGUCAAACCACCCAAGUUCUCUCAACACACCCGAGAGCAGAUGACGGGGAGAUCCAGUAUUUGCAUUCAGUGCAGACUGUUGAUGAUGUUGAGGAGGAAGAAGCGAAGGAGGUGCAACCGCCCAGUGCGGCUCCUGAAACUUCAUCUCUGCUCCUGCUGGGUGCUGAUGAGAAUGAGAGCGCAUCGAAGAACUCUAUGGACAACGAACCUGAAGCUCCCUUCUUUCACUCUGUCGGAACCCAAGCCGAGCUACCGAAGCCUUUCGAUUUUUACUUUCACCGCCUGCGAUCGUUGAAGUCGAGCAAUGCCGUCCCUGCAAACAUCAUUCAGGUAGCUAAGGUUAUACUGGUCAUCUUCGAAUCAGACAUGGAGGAGCCAGACGACAACAUGCUGGCGAGGAGAUUGACUGACGCGAUCGCCAACCCAAAGAAGGAAAACGUACUGAGCAGGUCACUUCCGCUGAAGAACAUCCAGGUCAACAGCCAUGUGCUCCCCCCAAAGCUGGAAUCGAUUCCAUCGCUGCAAGAUCUCAGUAUCUUCGAGCCUUUGCCGUAUCCGAAGCCCAAGGUCAGCCCCGUCACUCCUCGAGGUAGUUUACAGUCGCCACGAACACCCGAGGAUGCGUGGGAGAGGCACAAGAGGCGCUACUUCCGUAAAUAUGCAGCGAGGGCGAAAAGAAGCAUAGGAGAUGAAUUUCACUGA